GAGGAGGCGGAAGGUAUAACCAGGCCGGGUCCUCUCCACACAGGCUCUCAGGCAAGCUCCCUGGGGAAGCAGCUCCUUGAGGCCCCAGGAACAUGGCUGUCCCGUGGCUCGUGCUGCUCUUGGCAUUGCCCGUCUUUUUCCUGGGAGUCUUUGUCUGGGCUGUCUUUGAGCACUUCCUCACCGCGGAUGUCCCCGCCACCAUGGAACAGCGCACGAAGUUGAGAGCCCUGCAUUGCGUAUUCCUGUAUCUGCUCACUUUGGGGAACAUACUUGAGAAGCUGGGAAUUUGCUCCAUGCCCAAAUUUGUCCGUUUUUUACAUGAUAGCAUGAGAAUUAAAAAGGACCCUGAACUUAGGGUGACUGACCUGCGUUUUGGGACGAUACCUGUGAGGCUGUUCCAGCCCAAGGCAGCAUCCUCCAGACUCCGGCGAGGCAUCAUCUUCUACCAUGGAGGGGGCUCAGUAUUUGGGAGCCUGGAUUGUUACCAUGGCCUGUGCAAUCAUCUGGCCCGGGAGACUGACUCUGUACUUCUGAUGAUUGGGUACCGCAUGGUUCCUGACCACCAUUCCCCUGCCCUUUGCCACGACUGCAUGAAUGCCUCCAUUUACUUCCUGAAGGCCCUGGAAACCUAUGGCGUGGACCCCUCCAGGGUUGUGGUCUGCGGAGAAGGCAUCGGAGGCGCAGCGGCGGCCACCGUCACCCAGGCCCUGGUGGGCAGAUCGGAUCUUCCCCGGAUCCGGGCUCAGGUUCUGAUCUCUCCAGUUGUCCAAGUGUUCUGUUUGCAGUUACCGUCCUUUCAGCAGAACCGAAAUGUCCCGUUCCUUUCCCAGAAGUUCAUGGUGACCGUUCUGUGUAACUAUCUGGCCAUUGACCUCUCCUGGCGCGAUGCCAUUUUGAACGGCAGUUGUGUACCCCCGGAUGUCUGGAAGAAGUAUGACAAGUGGCUUAGCCCUGACAACAUCCCCAAGAAAUUUAAGAAAAGAGGCUUCCAACCCUGGUCUCCGGACCCUUUUAAUGAAGCUGCCUAUCUAGAAACCAAACACAUGCUGGAUGUAGAAGUUUCUUCCCUGCUAGCAGAUGAUGAGAUCAUCGCGCAGCUUCCUGAGGCCUUCCUGGUGAGUUGUGAGAAUGACAUACUCCGUGAUGACGGCUUGCUCUAUAGGAAGCGCUUGGAGGACCAGGGGGUCCGUGUGACAUGGUACCACCUGGAGGAUGGUUUUCACGGAUCCCUUAUCUUUUUUGAUAAGAAGGCUCUCUCUUUCCCAUGCUCCCUGAAGAUUGUGAAUGCUGUAGUCAAUUAUGUAAAGGGCAUAUGAUAGUAACCCUGGAGCCCCGAGGAGGAAGGGGCAAGCAUAGACUCUACCAGAAACUGGGUGCUUUAGUGAGUUCUACUCUAUUGGUUAAAGCGGUGCUACGUCAAUGCUUGGGUCAGCUGGGAAGGGUGAGAUGGAGGCUGAUAGUCUUGCUUAGUAUUCAAGAAAAUCCCAACUCUGUGCGUUUCCUUUUGUCACUAACAGUGUCCAGUUCCGGAUCUAGCAGCAUUCUGUAACAUUCCAUUCAGGUGAAAUAAAUAUCAAUGAAAUAAAUAAAUAAAUAUCAAAAGGAGAAGAAAAGUGGCUUUAAAAAUUUCUCGAAGGCCUAACAUAUAAGACCUGUGCAGAAUAAAUGCCAACAACUGGUCAUGCUGUCAGCGGUGAAUCUAUACCCAUGAUGACAAGAUACUGCUCGGGGCUGUGGAGCCUGUUGGAGGAGGGGGCACUUAAUUGUUCCUGUGGUCAAAGGUCACUGGUCAAAUCCCAACUUUGAUAGGCUCCAGCUAGUCUGAGAAAUGCUGUUGCAAUGAAAUUCUAUCCUUGACACAGCCACCCUUGGGCUGGACUAAAUGAAGAUCUCAGAGGGGAUUGUGGGAAAGAGAGGGAGGGACAGAGAAAGAGGCAGGAGGAAAGGUACAGAAGAAAAGGGUGGGCUCUGGGGAGCUGUGAGCUUUGCCUGGGCUCAAGUCUUUCAUCUGAGUUUCAAAAACAGACCACUGGCUACUAACAGGCAGGUUCACCAAGUCAGUGAUGUCUUGGGAACCUCUGGAUGCCAUCUGGAAUAUAAAAAAUGUCUUUCCUCCAUCCUGGCCAACAUGGUGAAACCCCAUCUCUACUAAAAAUGCAAAAAUUAGCUGGGCAUGGUGGCAUGCACCUAUAAUCCCAGCUACUCAGGAGGCUGAGGCAGGAGAAUUACUUGAACCUGGGAGACGGAGGUUGCAGUGAGUCAAAAAUCAUGCCACUGCACUCUAGCCUGGGCCACAGAGUGAGACUCUGCCAGAGGAAAUAAAUAAAAAAAAUAAAAACUGCAUUUCCUAAGGGAUUAAGCCUCUUUUCUUUGAUGAGCUUGUAUAUUGUUCUCACAUUUAUAAAGAACCGUGCCCUGGUUUAGCCAUACCAAUUCUCUGCUCACAGGAAAAAGAAAGGGAACCUUUGUAUUGCAUGUUGGAGGUGACCCACACUAGUUUUUGCAUUGAGACCAUGUAUCCUAGAUAUAUCUGUAAUACCCACAGGCCUCAGUGCUGUCAGUAUCACCAAAGUCCCUCCCAAAUGCUGAAGCUGGAGGUUCUUCCAACCAAAACCUCAGUGGGUACCAACGACCUCACCUAUGACUGAUGGAAGAGGGGGUCCUACAGGUGUCUUGGUUCUUUGCAAAGAGAGCAGGCAUUCAAACAGGCAAUCUGGAUUGGGCACCUGGGGGCAUGAGCAGACAUUGUGACUCAUGGAUUAUAUGU